AUGGCACAAGAUACCAUUGACAUAAUUAACGCUACUAAAAGAACACUUUCAGCUAUAUACGAGAACUCUCUCGAGAUUUCAAGAAAUCUAAUAAAUAAACGUGAUGAUUCUUCUGGACCAAGUGCAAAACAAAUCAAGCUUGCUCCUGAACAGUCAGCUGGCUCUACACUUCCGGCUCAGAAAUUACAUCGCCCACUCAACAAAGACGACUUUAUGAACAGACUUGCUUCCUUCAAAAUAUCCUUUCAAUGUUAUCCUGAUUGUUUGAGUCCUGUGGAAUGUGCACGAUAUGGUUGGACAAAUGCUGGUAAAGAUUGGCUUAAAUGUGAAUAUUGUGAUGAAAAAAUGCUUGUAAAAUUGGGCAAUCUUGAGUUAGAGGAACAUUUAACAAAACAAUAUCAAGAAGGAUUAGUCACUGCACACUCAGUUGCGUGUUCAUGGCGUGAACGCCAAUGUGACAUCUCUAUAUACAAAUUUCCAGUUCUCUUGGAUCAGGCUGUCAGAGAAAAUUUUCAAUUACGGGCGUCUCCUUUGAUAAAACUCGGUGAUAAGUUGCCUGUAGUUAAGGCUGAAAUGACUGAAGAAUUUAUUCAAACCAUGACCGCAGCACUUUCUUUAGAUGAUGAUAACAUUGAGCUUCUUGUUGUUGGCUCUGCCGCAUGCUUGUCUUUAUUUGGGUGGGAAUACGGUUAUUUUGAAGGGCUGGAGGAAAUUCGAAAGGAACUGGAAAAUGUGGAACAAACCAACAAUAAUAGUGAAAUUGGUGAGCAUGUUACAAAAGAAACUGAGAAAAGUGAUAAUGUUUCAAAAGAAACUGAAAAAAGUGAUAAUGCAACAAAUGUCGAUGAUAAAAUGGAGGGUUUAGUGCAAAAUUUAAAUGAUUUAAUCUUUGAUACUGAGACCCAACAUCAUUGGUAUUGCAAUUGGAUUAUGGGAGAUGGUAGAUCAACGGUAGACAAAACAUCCAAAGAAUUGGCCAAAAGACAGCCCGGUUGGAGUAUCACAUUGGAGAGUAUUUUAAAAUGUACAAAAUCUGAUACUUCGGGCGAUUCAUCUGUUACUCAAGAGGUCUGA